AAAAAAUACAAAAAACAGAAAAACCCCAUUUUACUCCUCGCGGACACAGACAAGUUUCUUUGAAGAGUGGAAUCAGGAAUGGCUAUUGCUCUGCAAUCAACCCGUUUUCUACAAACCAAGAAAUUCCAGAACCAUUGUCUUAGGCUACGGAGUCGGAGUUUCACAGUCUCUUUCAAGUCUCGUAAUAUGAUGGCUACCCUCAGUAUUGCACCGGCUCGUGGAUUAUCUGAGACGUUCUCUAAUCUGAAACAGCAAGGAAAGGUGGCUCUUAUCCCAUUCGUCACGGCUGGUGAUCCUGAUUUAUCAACAACCGCUGAAGCUUUGAAAGUGCUUGAUUCCUGUGGAUCAGACAUAAUCGAAGUGGGUGUACCAUACUCUGAUCCUUUGGCGGAUGGCCCAGUUAUCCAGGCUGCUGCUACACGUGCUUUAGCAAAAGGGACCGAUUUUAAUUCGAUCAUCUCCAUGUUAAAGGGGGUUGUCCCACAAUUAUCUUGUCCAAUUGCGUUAUUUACCUAUUACAAUCCAAUACUCAAGCGUGGCACUGAGAAGUUCAUGUCAAUUGUAAAAGAUGCCGGAGUGCGUGGGCUUGUGGUUCCGGAUGUUCCUCUGGAGGAGACUGAAAUCUUGAGGAUAGAGGCAGCUAAGAACAAUAUUGAAUUAGUGCUGCUGACGACACCGACUACUCCAACAGAUCGAAUGGCAGAUAUUGUUGAAGCUUCAGGAGGAUUUGUUUACCUUGUGAGCUCGGUUGGAGUUACUGGAGCCCGUUCAUCUGUAAGCGGUCAUGUGCAAUCUCUUCUACAAGAAAUUAAGGAGAAAACAGAUAAACCAGUGGCAGUUGGAUUUGGCAUAUCAAAACCGGAGCAAGUUAAACAGAUAGCAGGAUGGGGUGCUGAUGGUGUGAUUGUUGGUAGUGCCAUGGUGAAAUUGCUGGGUGAAGCUAAAUCUCCCGAGGAUGGAUUGAAAGAGCUAGAAACAUUCACCAAGUCCCUAAAGGCUGCACUCCUUUAAGAACAGUUUUGUAUGACAUUUUCAAGUGUGUAAUUGGAUUCAUUCAAGUAUCUUUAAUAUCAUCCCAACUUCAACAUUAUCUCCAUUUUUUCUAAUAUUGAAUGAAUCUCUGCUUGCAUGGUA